AUGGCGGACAGUACAGUGUCAUUACGGUCACAUAGAAAACCCAAUCUGAACCUGGUGUUGUGUGGAAGUGAUGCAGCUCAGAAUGCAGUAUCAAAAUGUUUCAGAGAUGAAAAAACACUUUUCUCAUCACAUCAAAGAGAGUUUAGAUUUGUGUGUCAGAUGGAGGAGAAGCUUCACGGCCGUCAGAUCACUCUGGUGAAACUUCCAGCUCUCACUUGGCUCUCAGAGGAUGACGUAAGGCGUCAGACUCUACGCUGUUUGUCUUUCUGUGAUCCCGGAGUUCAUGUUUUCCUCCUGAUUAUUCCUGAUGAUCCACUUAAUAAUGAAGACAAAGCAGAAAUAGAGAAGAUCCAGAAGAUAUUUGACUCCAGAGAGCAUUUCAUGGUGCUUUUCAUAACAGAGCUCACUGUUAACAAAAGAAUUACAGAUUUAGUCACAUCCAGGCCAGAAUCUCAGAGGUUAAUCAGUCUCUGUGGAGGUCGAUACUGUAUGAUGGGGAUAAAUGAACCUGAAAACAGACAGAUCCCAGAACUGCUGGAUUAUAUAGAGAACAUGAAGACUGAACCGUAUUCACUUCAGAUGUAUGUGAAAGCUCAGGAGAACAGAGUCAGACGGGAAACUGAAGAAAAAUAUAAAAAAGAACUGAAGAGAAUGGAGAAUAAAAUCAAAGAGUUUCAAUUACAGGGUGCUGAAGGUGAAGCAGAUGAUCAGAAGUGUCUGAGGAUUGUACUGAUUGGAAGGACAGGAAAUGGAAAGAGUGCAACAGGAAACACUAUUCUGGGAAGAGAGGAGUUUCACAGCCGAAUGUGCACAGAUUCAGUGACGACUGCAUGUGAAAAGAGAAUUGGUGAAGUUGAUGGUCGAUCAGUAGCUGUUGUUGAUACUCCAGGACUCUUUGACACAAUACUGUCAAAUGAACAAGUGGUGGAUGAAAUAUUGAAAUGUGUUUCUAUGUCGUCACCUGGACCUGAUGUGUUUGUCAUUGUGUUGAGUUUGGGAAGAUUCACCAAGGAAGAAGCAGACACUGUAGAUCUGAUAAAACAGAUCUUUGGUCAUGAAGCUUCUCAGUUCAGCAUCGUUCUGUUCACUAGAGGAGACGAACUUGAUGAAGAGUCCAUAGAAGAUUAUGUCAGGCAAAGUAAGUCUACAGAACUGAAGAAACUGAUCAGAGAAUGUGGAAACAGAUUCCUGGCUUUCAAUAACAGAGAAAAACAAGACAAAACUCAAGUGAUUAAGCUGUUAAACAUGAUAGAGGAAAUGAAAAACAGUAACGAGGGUCGAUACUUCACUAACAGCAUGUUUGAGGAGGCAGAGAUGUCCAUUAGAAAGAAAAUGGAGGAAAUACUGAAAGAGAGAGAGAGAGAGAUUGAAAUCCAGACCCAGAUAUUACAAGCCAAAUAUGAGAGGGAAAUGAAAAACAUGACACUGCAACUAGAAGAAGAAAAACAAAGAGCAGGUGAGGAGAGAAUGAAAAUGCAGAAUCAAAUCAGAAAAGAGAGAAGAGGUAAAGAACUAGCAGAGAAACAAAUGGAAUAUCUUCAGAGACAGAAAACAGAACGUGAUCAAAUCAAAAAGAAUCAUGAAGAUGAAAUGAGGAGGAUUCAAAUGAAAUAUAAAGAUGAUGCUAGAAGAAGAGCAGAAGAAGUGAAUGAGUUCAGAUACCAAAAAGAUCAGUGGAUUUGGGAUCUCGGUGAUAGGCUGGAGGAGCAAGAUGAUCAGAAUGAAUUGCUGAAACAAUUGUUUGAAGAGUUGAAAGAGGACAAAAAGGGGACAAAGAAGAAAAAUCAGAAACCAAAGGGCUGUGUUAUGUGUUAA